GCUGCGCAGUAGGCAGCUGAGCCAACAAGCGGUCAAGUUGUAAAAAAUGGUCGUCCGCGCCGGGAAAUUUAUAAUUUGAGUUGACUGGGCCUUGCUGAAAUUUCAACACAAGACCUGAACAGAAUCUAUAAUGCCGAGGAGAAAGAGAAAAGGUUCAUCAAGAAAGCGCCCUCUGGUGUUCACGGAGAGUCCAGUAGAAGUCAGUCGUCGUUUUCCAAGUCCUGUCUUCGCAGCUAGAAACCCAGUCACCGCAGAUCUUGUCGCAGUGCACGAACAGCAGCAAUUAUGGGUGUCGCCACAGAUAGAUCCAAAUGCACCUCGCACCCCAAGGAGAUGCCGGGCCAGACGGAACAAGACGGCAUGCGCACUGGAUCCAUUAAUGCAGACCCAGCGACGCAAGGAGAUCGUGCAGAGGGAGACAACAAAUCAUUUCACAAGCCUCCGGUUCCUCAAGGCCCAAGGCGAUAAGGCCGCAAAUUGGUUAACAGCCGCACGUGCAACGGAAAGCACAGACAGCUCGUCCGAAACUUCCACAGAUUCCACCCCGACUGACGUUGAUGAAACAUCGAGGGAAGGAGCCCAGAAGCAAACCAGGUCAGCCGAGAAGAGGAGAACCCCGCUCGGAGAAAUUGGAAUUGCUGGCAGGACUCGAGCCCAGCGCAGGAGAUCGCAAUCGGAGAGCAGCCGGAUCGUGGAUCGUGCCUUCACUGAAAAUUGGCAAAAUAACGCGGGACUUGCAUCAGUGAGUGAUGCACCGGGUAAUAAUUACAAUCAAUGCACUCGUGUUGCAGCUCGUCAAAAAGAAAACAAGAGUGGUAGAGGUGAUUCCGACAAACUGUCAUCAAACCAAGUCAAAGGGGAGAACAUGAUCACAUCAGAUGAUGACAACACCUGCCGGAUGAACUUGAUCACCGACAAACGAAAAUCUCACCGCACCUUGCAGAAGCAUGUCGUUACAACAACUUCACGUAGUGAUGAGCAAAGUUGCCGUAACACUCGUGGAUCGACUAGAAAUGGUAGAAACUGCCAUUCCCGAUUCCUUCUAUCUGAAACCUCAUCUGACUCGGACACGAAAUCAAGUAAAUUACAGGUAGCACGGCUUUGCGAAAUUAGUACAUCAGAUGAUACUGAUGCAGGCACUGGCAGGGAUACCAGCCAACAAAGGCAACGUAGAGCUAAGAAGACUGCAACCAAGGCUAGAAUCCUGGCUUAUGAUACGCCAGAAGCAGAGUACGGGAUGAGUAAUAGCCUGCGACACAGACUAAAACUGCUGCCAGAGGCAGCCAGAAACAAACUAAUGCUGUGCCUGUAAGUGGUUAGUGGGAAAGAAUUCCAUAGGCCAAAAAAAAUAAGUCUCCGGUUUCUGGUAUGCGCGCGCGUCGCCGUAGCCAUGCGCGUCGGCAAAAUG